GUAGCUAAUUAUCAUUCAUAAAGUCAGGACGUAUACUGUUUACAAAACGAUGAAAUUUCAUCUGUUUUACUUGCUGGGCCUGCUCAGUGUGAUAAGUUUUGCCGAUUCUGCCAGCAAUUUGAUCUGCUACUAUGAUUCGACAUCGUUUUUGCGGGACGGUCUUGCCAAAAUGCAUACCUACGAAUUGGAAUUGGCCCUGAGUUUCUGCACCCACUUGGUUUAUGGAUACGCGGGUCUAAAGGCCGGAACCCACGAGUUAUUCAGCUUAAAUGUGGACCUGGAUAUGUUCUACUAUAAGGAUAUUACGGCCUUGCGCCAGAAGUUUCCCCAGCUGAAAAUUCUACUCAGUGUGGGAGGCGAUCACGAUGUGGAUGAGGCUCAUCCCAAUAAAUAUAUAGAACUACUGGAGGCGAAUCGUACUGCCCAGCAGAAUUUCAUAGAUAGUAGCAUGAUUUUGCUAAAGCGUAAUGGAUUUGACGGCCUUGAUCUGGCCUUCCAGUUUCCCCGUAAUAAACCCAGAAAAGUCCACGGUGCUAUUGGAACAUACUGGAAGUCAUUCAAGAAACUCUUCACUGGCGACUUUAUUGUGGAUCCCCAGUCGGAGGUGCACAAGUCUCAGUUCACCGAUCUCGCAGGAAAUAUAAGAAACGCUUUCCGAUCUGCUAAUCUUAUGCUGUCAUUGACGGUUCUUCCCAAUGUAAACUCAACUUGGUACUUUGAUAUCCCCAAACUGCAUCCGCAUUUCGACUAUAUCAACUUGGCACUAUUCGAUUUCUAUACCCCCUUGCGAAAUCCCGAGGAAGCCGACUUCACCGCUCCCCUGUUCCUUCAGGACGAACAGAAUCGCUUGCCCCAUUUGAAUGUGGAUUUCCAGGUUAACUACUGGCUGCAGUAUCAUUGUCCCCCUCAGAAGUUGAACUUGGGAAUUGCUAGCUAUGGAAGGGCCUGGAAAAUGACCAGUGACUCUGGACUGAGUGGACUUCCAAUUGUCCACGAUACGUUUGGUGCUGCUCCCGGCGGUAAUCAAAUAGGCAGUACCGAAGGUCUGUUCAGUUGGCCCGAGAUUUGCUCCAAGUUGUCGCAGAAUUCAUCCGCCCCAUUUCGAGGAGACAAGGCGCCUCUUCGCAAGGUCACGGAUCUUACACAGAAGUACGGAAACUACGCCCUUCGUCCGGCGGAUGAGAAGGGAGAUUACGGAGUCUGGCUUAGCUUCGAUGAUCCGGAUUUCGCCGGAAUAAAGGCAGGAUAUGCCAAGGGCAAGGGUCUAGGUGGAAUCGCCGUUUUUGAUUUGAGUUACGAUGACUUCCGGGGCCAGUGCACUGGCCAAAAAUACCCAAUUCUUCGAUCAAUAAAAUAUUUUAUGGGAUAAAGUAUUUUUGUAAAUGGUCAUAGCUUUAUAGUUUAUUUUGAAAAUAAAUACCAACAUAUUUAAUAAAUUUA